AUGGCCCUGCAAAUGACAGCUGAAAUGUUCCAAACUGAAUAUCCAGAGGCAGCUGAAUUGAUAAUUAAAAACAGUUAUGUGGAUGAUUUACUUACUUCGGUGGAUACUGUUUGUGAGGCCGAGAAAAUAAUUCGCAACACUGAAAUGCUGUUAAGCUAUGGAGGAUUUCGUGUUAAGCAUUGGAUAAUUUCUGGUGAUGUAGAUGAACAUUUUGCAGGAAUGAAUGUGCUAAAUGCUGAACAGGAAAACAUUCUUGGAAUGUGUUGGUUACCCAAAACCGAUGUCUGGGUGUUCAAGGUGAAACUGAAUUUUUCAUCAAAAAGACGCGGCGUACAUGUAGAAGAUGAUCUCACAGAGGGACAAUUGCAUCUUAUUCCUGAGAAUCCCACUCGGAGAAUGGUUCUAAGUCAAGUUGCAGGCAUAUAUGAUCCUCUUGGGCUGGUUGCUCCAUGUGUAUUGUCUUCAAAAAUUCUCAUGAGAAGUUUAUAUUCCAGAGAGGUUCAGGAUGGAUGGGAUAAACCUAUGAGUGAAGAUAUUAGGACCAAAUGGGUUCAGUUCUUUCGGGACCUCUAUGAAUUACAAACUUUGACAUUCAAAAGGUGUCUUAUGCCAGAUAAUGCUGAAGGUGAUCCAGUUCUUGUUAUAUUUUCUGAUGGAAGUCAACAAGCAUAUGGUGCAUGUGCUUAUAUCAGAUGGCACACUAACAAUAACACAUUUGAAUCAAGCCUAGUGAUCGCAAAAAAUCGAAUCGCACCAGUAAAGCAAUUGUCUACCCCUCGCCUUGAAUUGUGUGGAGCAGUACUUGCAUCUAGACUUCGUCGAAAACUCGUAACAGAAAUGAGUUAUAGAUUUAGCAAAAUUGUGCACAUAAUUGAUUCCAUGAUUGUCAGAGCACAGAUACAACGAGAGAGUUAUGGGUUUGGGACAAUUGUUGCCACACGUGUUGCUGAAAUACAGAGUAUUACAGAUCCUACUGAAUGGUGGUGGGCGCAGGGAGAUCACAAUCCUGCAGACAUGACUACAAGAGUUGCGCCAGCAAGUGCUCUGGGGGCUGACUCCAAGUGGCAAAAAGGUCCAGAUUUCUUGAGAACUCCAUUUGAACUAUGGCCAAUAAGUCAAGAAAACACCUUGGAUAAUGAUCAAAUACCUGACAUUAUUGGAGUCACAAUGUCGGCCACCUCUGAUAAUCACACUAUCCAUAGCAGUACUAUCAUAGACAUUGAUCGAUUUUCCAGCUUGAGGAAACUACUUCGAGUGACGGGCAUUAUUCUGUCCAUUGUUCACUGGAGGACCUUUAGGGGUAUUUGGGACAAAAUCAAGUCGGAAACAUCAGUGGAAGCAGAGACGUGGUGGGUAAAGUUUGCACAAAAGGAAUUACCUGAGGACUGCAUGAAGAAAUUUCAGAGACUCGGGCCAUUUAUUAAUCAAGAUGGGAUUGUAUGUGUUGGACAACGCAUGGCCGAAUGGAUCAAACAAUCAUGGAAUCAGAGGGAAUUCUUUUUAUUGCCAAGAAAGGGUCGUUUUACCGAGUUAGUUGUUCGCAGUGUUCACUGUGAAGAUCAUGCAGGAAUAGAGGUGACCUUGGCAAAGAUAAGAAGUAGAUACUGGAUUCCCUGUGUUCUGAAGAUCAUAAAACGAAUUAAAGAUAAUUGUGUUAUAUGUAGAAAACGGGAUAAGGUAACAAUACAACAGCAGAUGGGUGUCUUACCUUCUUACAGACUUCACCCAUCACCACCAUUUUACAACUGUGCCAUUGACAUAUUUGGACCAUUCACUAUACGUGACACUGUUAAAAAACGAACACAUGGAAAGGCAUAUGGUGUAUUGUUUAAUUGCCUUAACUGCAGGGGUGUUUACAUUGAUUUGGCUGAAGGUUACGACACAGGGAAUUUCAUUGUUGUCUUCAGAAGAUUUGUUUCUAUUCGUGGCAAUCCAAAGCGAAUAAUUUCUGAUGCAGGCACACAACUAGUAGCUGCAGGAAAGGAACUUAAGAAGUAUGAUGUAGAGUGGAAUGUCAUCAAAUCUGCAGAUGGUCCAUGGGAGAAUGGGUGUAGUGAAUCGGUUAUCAAGCAGAAAUGGCAUACUAGCAGGAGGAACUUGGAACGAGGUGACCUGGUGUUAGUUCAAGAUACAAACAUUAUUCGCGGAAAAUGGAAGCUUGCUCAAGUUACUGAGGCUAAGCCAGGAAAAGAUGGAAAACUCAGUAAAUUUGGAGCCAUCAAAGUGUGA